AUGAUUAGUGAGGAGCAAGAGUUUGGUGACGCGGUGUACACAUCUCAAUGUGCAGUGUCGACGCAUUGCGAAAACCUCAAGUUAGAUGUUGCACCAAUAAUAGGCAGGUCAAUAUUGGAUGAUACCAGAUCUCUUACGGAAACUACGUGUCACACAUGUUGCCAUGGAGAUCUGUGCAACGCAAAUUGCAGUGCAAGUACACAGUAUCGUUUGAAAAAAGAUUGCAAGGAUCUACGCAACACCAACCAGGCCAGUGGGGUGUACGCAAUACAGUUAGAAGGAAGCCAGGAGAUAAUAGACGUUUACUGCGAUAUGACAACGGAUGGCGGGGGAUGGACGGUUUUUCAGAGGCGUGUCAACGGAUCAGUGGAUUUCUUCCAAAACUUUUCUUCCUAUGAAAAUGGCUUCGGAAACGUCCACGGAGAAUUCUGGAUGGGUUUAAAGUACAUACAUUGGUUGACCUCAACUGCACAAUCUGAACUGCGUAUCGACUUGAUGGCGGCUGACAGAUCUACGGCGUAUGAGGUGUUUCCUAACUUCCGGUUGUCAGCAUCACCCAACUACACGCUGCAUGUCGACAAAGGGCAUGGGACAGCGGGGGACAGUAGAGGAUUCUCGUUUAGCAAUGGCCGUGUGUUCUCCACCUUGGACCAUGAGAAAAGUGUAGACUGCAGUAGGUACCUAUAUGAAGCAGGAUGGUGGUAUAGUACCUGUGCCUGGGCUUAUCUGAAUGGCAAAUAUUUCUUACCUGGAACCAUUUUCCAAGGAGGAGAAAUCAAAGGCGUUUUCUAUCACGAAUUUAAAGAAUAUGAAAUGCUCAAAGAGACAAAAAUGAUGUUUAGAAGGAUUUGA